AUGAGUGGGCUCCGAGUUCCUGCAGCGGCAGGCACUGGGGGAGGAGCCGGUGUCGGCAGAGCAGGAGACCAGGGGGGAUCAGCGGCUGCGGCUAUGGAGACUAGUGCACCAGCUACUGUCGCUGAUAUUACUGAGCAGUUUCGGCGUACUCACACUUCUGGAGGAGGGGCAGCAGCCGCAGGAGCAGCAGGUGCAGGGGCUGGGGCUGCCACGGACCCUGCUCUACUUUCCAGGGUGGCGGAGAUUAGGGACGCCAUCCAGGCAGAGACGGUACCACCAGAGUUUACAGCGCUCAUAGAGACAGAGUCCGCUGUACUAGCAGCUGACUUGCGAGCCGUCGUUAAGACCGAGAGGGGUCUGGCGAAGACUCGCAAGCAGUUUUCUGAGGGACAGGUGGCGCACUGCAUCCCGAAGAACUUUGUACCUGAGCUCCACCUCCACACUACAGAGGCACAGGAGCAGCUUCGGACUAGGAUGCAGGAGCUUCAGCAGCACGCACAGGGACAGAUGCAGCUGAUUCUUAUCAGCGGCCAGGUGGAGGACUUGCAGCAGCUUCAGACUCGGCAGUUUGCAGCAGAGCCGGCACGCUCUGCUAUCUGGCAGAGCAUCCAGACGCUGAGGGUUAGGUGCCACGCUGCUGUUACAGACGCACUCCUCCGUGUAGGGCUGCAGCACCGGCAGUACGCAGACACUGAGAGCAGGCGGGUGGAGCAGCAGCAGCGUCAGAGAGAGCGACGUCAGGAGCGGCGUGAGCAGGCAGAGGCGACGCCUGUAGACCAGACCAUGGGAGAGUUUGUCCCCAGGGAGGUCGAGAGGCAGGUGGGCGCCUGGCAGGACGAGGCCCGGGAGCAGCUUCGUCGCAUCCUCGAGCGACUUGACCGUUUGGAGGGGCGGCGCUCAGGGCAGUCAGGCCAGCAGCAGCGAGGCAGGACCAGGACUAGGGAGGUUACGGUGACGGACGCCUGGAGUCCGUCUCUCCUGUCCGUAGCCCGCACUCCGCAGGGCCGACAGGGCAGGCCGCUCACAGCCUACUCGGGAGCGGGUGCACAGACUGCAGCAGCAGUUCUACCAGCAGCCUUUUUUGGGGCCUUCUUUCCAGCAGCAGCAGUUUGGAGCACCCCUCCGGCAGCAGCAGUUUGGAGCACCUCCUCCGACCCCCCCACAGCCCCCCCUGCCACAGCAGCCUCCACAGGGCGCUCUGUGCAGGAGGUGGCGGACAAGCUAACUAACGUGGCUGUCCACAACCUUUCGCGCAGGCAGUUGUCAGAGGAUGAGCUUGCAGGCCUCGCCCUUGGCCUCAAGUUCAUCCCGACACCACCCUCCUUAGACCAGGAGCAGCUGAGACAGGCGGUGGAGCAGUUUCAGAGGAGGGUCAGGCUGGCUUGGCAGUUCCGGGACAGUCGCAGACCAGUACCCAGGUUCAGAGUCCCACGUCCCAGCUGGCAGCCGAGUUCGGGACCAGAGGAGGUUGAGGAGUACCUGGCCGGGGUAGCUGACAGGGUAGAGGGUUUGUCGGAGCUGAUAGGGGGGCCAGCGCGGCCCAACGUGAGCAGGAGGGUGUUGGGCGCGCUGCAGAGGUUGAGUCGGGACCGGUCUAUAGUUAUUAAACCGGCCGACAAAAACCUUGGGAUUGCGGUGUUAGACAGGGAGUGGUACGAGGGGGAGGCGCUGAGGCAGCUGGGGGACAGGGCGGUUUACGAGCCGGUGGCUAUGGUGCCGUUGCAGAGACUUUGGGGGCAGUUGUGUCGGUGGGCAGAGCAGGCACGCCUGGCAGGGUUGCCGUCGCAGGUGUUAGACUUUAUCCUGCAGCCACGCACUCCGUGUUUGGAGCGGGCUACCAGAGCUUGGGAGCGGUUUCGGGUGUGCAGAUUCUACUUGCUACCGAAGCUGCACAAGACUCCAGUAGCCGGCAGGCCUAUCUGCUCGUCCACGCUCUGGGUUUUUGAGCAUGCAUCGGCAGUCUUAGACCACUACCUCCGCCCUUUACUACGGUUUUCACCCUCGCACCUUCCAGACUCACUUGCACUUUUGCACCAGCUAGAGGACCUUCGUGUGCCAGCAGAGGCUCUCUUCCUGACCUACGACGUUGAGAGCCUCUACCCAUCGAUCCCUAUCGACGCAGGUAUCAGCUGCAUCGAGAGGUGGUUGCUUCGGUGGGCAGCACAGGGGAGGAUUGCAAGGGGGGUAGCAGACACACUGGUGCAGCUGUUGGGGUUGGUCAUGAGGCAGAACCACCUCGAGUUUGGUGGUCGUUUUUGGCGGCAGGUUCGGGGGACUGCUAUGGGCACGCCUGUAGCAGUGAUCUACGCGGUUCUGUUCAUGGCUUGGUUAGACGAGAGGUUGCUAGAGACAGAGCCCGAGUUGUCGCAGCACGUCCUUCUCCACCGCAGGUUCAUAGACGACGGGGUGGUGGUUUGGACGGGGACACGGGAGCGGCUGCUGGAGUGGGUGGGGGCGUUUGGUGGGUUGGAGCAGACUAUUCGACUGACCCACGAGAUCUCCACCUCACAGUUCACCUUGCUGGAUAUCACGUUCAGCAAGGGAGAGCUCUGGCAGACGACGGCUAUCUUGGACACCACGACCUUCCAGAAGCCGCUCAACGUGUACCAGUACUUUCCUUUCUCCUCCGCGCACCCCUCUCACUGCAAGAGGGGCUUCAUCUUGGGUGAGCUGCAGCGGUACAUUCUGAGGGAGUCCAGUUCUCGAGGGUUUAGGAGUAUCAGGUCGGCCUUCUACGCUCGGCUGCGGGCGCGGGGGUACCCAGACACUUUCUUGCAGCCGAUCUUCAGCAGCAUCUCCUACGCACGACGCCCGGAGCUUCUUGCCAGGUCACGGGCUCGGGGGGAGGGGGAGCAGGAGGCGCAGCAGCGGGUUCUCCCUCUUGUUCUCGACUUCCACCCGAGUGUGCAGCAGGUCCGCUGGGGUAGGUUGCUGCCUUCCCUCCAGAGGCACCAGCGUUUGAGCAGCUUUCUCACUACAGGGCACCUUUCGUGUCCUACAGGGCACCUCCGUCGCUCCGACAGCUACUCGUGCGAGCGUCGUUCAGGUGACUAG